GUCGUACUUGUCAAGACAAGGAUAUGAUGGAUAUGAUAUGAAACAAGAUGAAACAUUAGAUGAGUCAAAUGAUCGGUUGACAUUAAAUCAAGCAAUUGAAAUAUUAUCAAUUGCAGAAAAGCAAAUGACAGAUGAAAUUAAUGUUAUGGAGAUGGAAUGUAAUGAAUUGUUUCAGGAUAUUCAAAG